UUUCACAAUAUUUUUUUUGUCAGUGUUAAAUAAUUAGUAAUAGGUUAUAGGCUCUGUUGAAAAAAUUAACAAAAAAACAUAAACAAAUAGAUAAGUACUUACCAUUUUGUUCUAUAUAAUAUCCAUUCAACAAGAGCUCGUAAUGAUAAACUUGAAACCAUCUAAUAUCUUAUGGUGGGAAGAUGGCAAGCACAAAAUUCGUCUUCGGAUAUUUUGUCAUUCCUCUCUUCUUUCUUUUUGCAUCAACUCAUUACCAUGUUGCUAGCAGUAAUGUUAGCAGUACUCUUUGCAUUAAGGAAGAGAGAAUGGCACUCCUUAAAAUAAAAAAAGAUCUCAAUGAUCCUUCCAAUUGCCUUUCUUCAUGGGUUGGGAAAGAUUGUUGCAACUGGAUUGGUAUACAAUGUGACAACCAAACAGGUAACAUUCUUAAGCUUGAUUUGCAAAACCCACAUAUCUGCACAGAUGUACUGUCACUGUCUCCUUUAAGCGGGAAGAUAAACCCUUCAUUAGUUGACUUAAAACAUUUGAGUCACUUAGACCUAAGCUUUAAUAAUUUCAAAGGAGUUCCCAUUCCAGAAUUUAUUGGUUCUCUCAAUAUGUUGAAUUACCUUGACUUAUCCAAUGCAAACUUUUCUGGAAUGGUCCCUACUCGUCUAGGCAAUUUGUCAAACUUGCACUAUCUUGAUAUCUCUAACCCAUUUUCUUCGCUUUCGGUCAAAGACGACUUAAGCUGGAUCUCUACUCUUUCUUCACUUCAAUAUCUUGGCAUGGGUUAUAUAAAUAUUAGCAAUUCGCCACACCAGUUGUUUCAAGCUGUGAAUAAGAUGCCAUCUCUGUUUGAGUUGCAUUUGGCUUCUUGCAGCCUUGCUUCUCUCCCUCCAUCUUCACCUUUUUUAAAUAUUACAUCACUUUCUGUGCUUGAUCUCUCUGGAAAUCCUUUCAAUUCCUCAAUACCUUCUUGGUUGUUCAACAUGAGUACCCUUACAAAACUUAAUUUUUACGAUUCAUCUCUAAAAGGUCUCAUUCCUUCUAUGCUUGGAAGAUGGAAUCUUUGCAAGAUUCAGGAUCUAGACAUCGGUUUUAAUGAUCUAACCGGUGAUAUAACUGAAAUGAUCGAGGCCUUGUCUUGUAGCAACCACAGUUUGGAGUUUUUAGAUUUGAGUUAUAAUCAACUAACUGGCAAAUUGCCUAAUUCUUUAGGGCAAUUUACCAGUUUAAAUUAUCUUGAUCUGUCAAGAAACACAGUGAACUCACACAUGGGUAUCUCAGGUCCUAUGCCAACAUCUAUAGGAAACUUAUCAAAUCUAGGUUCUCUGAACUUGGACAGCAAUAUGAUGAAUGGGACAAUUCCUGAAAGCAUUGGUCAACUAACCAAUUUGUAUUCUCUAAACCUGCUUCAGAAUUAUUGGGAAGGUACAAUGACAAAUAUUCAUUUACAUAAUCUCACAAACCUAAUCAGUUUAUCUGUGUCAUCAAAAUAUUACCCAUUUACUUUGAAAGUGAUGAAUGAUUGGGUUCCACCUUUUAAGUAUUUGACUCAUGUUGAAAUCAGUGGUUGUCUAGUUGGCCCAACAUUUCCUUACUGGCUCAGAAACCUAAAGUCCUUGAAUGAGAUAAUCCUACAAAAUGCUGGAAUUACAGGGGAAAUACCACAUUGGUGGCUUUACAGUAUGUCCUCCAAUAUUUGGCAUUUAGAUGUUUCCCACAACAAAAUAAGUGGCUAUUUUCCUAAAGAAAUGAACUUCACUUCCUCCAAGUCACCUACAGUUGACUUUUCUUUCAAUAAGUUGAAGGGUUCAAUCCCACUUUGGUCUGGACUAAGUGCUCUUUACUUAAGGAACAACUUGUUAUCCGGAACAGUACCAACCAACAUUGGCGAAGAGAUGUCACAUUUGAUGUACUUGGAUCUCUCAAAUAACUACCUAAAUGGGAGAAUCCCACUAUCAUUAAAUAGGAUUCAAAAUUUGAGUUAUCUUGAUCUAUCCAACAAUUAUCUCAUAGGGGAAAUCCCCGAGUUUUGGAUGGGUAUGCAGAGUUUACAAAUCAUUGAUUUAUCCAACAAUAGUCUGUCAGGUGGAAUUCCAACAUCAAUAUGCUCACUGCCUUUACUAUUUAUCCUAGAAUUGAGCAACAAUAACCUAUCUACAGAUUUGUCUUCAGCCUUUCAAAAUUGUACUAAGCUGAAAACACUUUCGCUAGAAAACAACAGGUUUUUUGGGUCUUUACCGAAUGAAAUAACAAAAAACCUCCCUUUACUUGCAGAGUUAUUGUUGAGAGGCAACACACUCACAGGAAGCAUUCCUAAAGAGAUAUGUCGUCUACCUUCCCUCCAUUUAUUGGAUCUUGCAGAAAACAAUAUCUCAGGAUCCAUACCAUCAUGUUUGGGUGAUGUGCACGGUUUCAAACUGCCUCAAACGCACUUUAUUGAUUUCGUUUAUUCAUAUCAAACUGUAGGCUAUGUACCGUACACGAGACACACAGAAUUGGUCCUAAACGGAAGAAUAGUCGAAUACUUGAAACAAAUGCCAGUGCAUUCCACCAUUGAUCUCUCAAAGAAUAAUCUUUCUGGAGAGAUACCAGAGAAGAUAACACAGCUGAUUCACUUGGGUGCUCUAAAUUUGUCUUGGAAUCAGCUAACUGGGAAUAUACCCAGAGACAUUGGAUUGCUAAAAGAUUUAGAAAAUCUUGACCUUUCACAUAACAAAUUUUCAGGUCCUAUCCCUCCAAGCAUGGCUUCCAUGACAUUCCUGAGUCAUUUGAACUUGUCAUACAACAAUCUUUCUGGAAGAAUUCCGCUGGGUAAUCAGUUUGGCACCUAUGAUGCAUCAAUCUACAUAGGCAACCCAAAGUUGUGUGGAGAUCAUUUACUGACAAAUUGCUCAUCAUUGUUUCCUGGAAAUGGAGAACAAGACAGAAAACAUGAAGAUAAUGCUGAUGGAGAUGAUGACAAGACUGAAAGAUUGGGACUAUAUGCAAGCAUAGUUGUCGGGUAUAUUACUGGCUUUUGGGUUGUGUGUGGAAGCUUGGUGUUAAAGAGGUCUUGGAGACAUGCAUAUUUCAAUUUUGUAUUUGACACGAGAGAUAAACUUCUGGCUUUGACGGAGGUUUAUAUGGCACGUGCAAAGCGCAAAUUUGGAUUGGAAAGGAAUUGAGAGUGUAGUCAGUAUUCAAAUAUAUUUCUUACCUAUAUUGUUUGAACUUCAAAUCUGAUUGUGGUUAUGUUUUUCUUGUGUGCAUUGUUUAAAUUUGUGUGUAAGGUAUAUGAGGUGACUCUUGAGUGAAAUAAAGAGUGGAUGAUAACAUGUUUGAAGUGGGUUAUUUAAGUUAGAAAUUUUUGUACAUCAGUAAAAAACUUAGCUAUCAUAGGUUCGUGAAGUUUGUGAUUAUAGAUAUAGCUAUUUAUAUGUGUUCUUGACUGAAUAAAGCAUAAUCAUGUUUUAGAUUCAGGGGAUAAGCUAAUAAAUGUGCUAAGUGUUUGGGUAUGCAGCCUUACUUAUCUCAAUGGUAAUAUAAUGAGGUUGAUCAGCCGUAUAAUUUAGACUGUAUUUUUUUUUUGACACUGUAUUUUUUAUUAAUUUGUUUAUUGAAGUUUUUUCCAUUCUAUUUUAGUUCCUUGAGUUACAAACAUUAGACAGUUGGUUAAGUUUUUUUCCCCUUAAUUUUGGUCCUUGUGUAUUCAAUGGUAGAAAGGAUAAAAGUGUCUAAUGUUUGUGAUUUAAGGGGCAAAAAAAUUAAUCAGUCCAAGGUAUCUGAUGUUUGUAACUUAAGGGAUCAAAAUAGAUAA